CUCAUUCAUGGGUUUUGUGACCGAGGAACUAAACCAGACUGAACGAUUCAAAAUAAAGAGGGACAAAGUCAACAACAUGGCUGUGGUUUACGGCAAAGAAGCCAGUAUGUGGAAGGGUGAGGAGAAGCUGUUGACCAUCUUACACCGUUACAUGGACAUCCACGGGACAGUUUACUAUGAGGCCCAGCGGCCCCCAGAGGUGCCCGCAUUUGUCAGAAACCACGGUUUACUGCCCCAACAGGAGCUACAGCAGCUUCUGAGGAAGGCUAAGCUUUUCUUGGGGUUUGGCUUUCCCUAUGAAGGUCCCGCCCCAUUAGAGGCAAUAGCCAAUGGCUGUGUGUUCCUGCAGCCAAAGUUCAGCCCCCCUCACAGCUCCCUCAACCAUGAGUUCUUCAGAGGGAAGCCCACGUCCAGAGAGGUGUCAUCUCAGCACCCAUACACUGAACAGUAUAUCGGCAAACCCCACGUCAUAACAGUAGACUUCAACAACUCUCAAGAAUUCGAGACAGCUGUUCAAGAUAUUCUCAAAGAGAAGGUGGAGCCCUUUAUACCGUACGAGUACACUUGUGAGGGCAUGCUGGAGAGAGUGAAUGCUUACAUACAACAUCAAAGCUGGCGCUCUCAAAGCAGGAGGAAUUCUGGGAUAGCUGACAGUGAUGAUGCAGCUUUGCCAUCAGCGGCAUCAUCUGAGAAACCUGCUGAGAAUAGAAAUUCAUGCUGGCUCUGA